AUGAAGAGAAGAGGCGCCUUUCAUUCUUUAGAUGGAAGUGUUGUUUCCACGAUAGAAAAAUUACUUUUUUAUGAUCAAUCACUUUAUAUUGGAAGUGUCAAUAGACUACACAAAUAUUCAUCUCAAACUUUGAAACAUGAACAUGAGUUAAAACUAGGACCGUAUCUUGAUAGUCCACAAUGUCGGCCAACAAAACAAUGUCAAUUGCCACAAGAACAACAAGAAUUAACAGAUUAUCAUUUUAAAUUAUUUCAUGUUGUUACAAAAGAAAAUUAUUUACUCAUAUGUGGAACAUUAUAUCAAGGUACAUGUUCAGCAAUAUCACUUGAUACAUUAUCUCUACUGAUUAAUUCAACAAUUCCUGUUGUGGCUAAUGAUCCUGUUAAUAGUAGUGUUAGUGUAAUAGCAGAUGAUAUUUUAUAUGCGGCUGUUACUUACACAAAUUAUGGUUCAUAUCGUUGGUUAAUACCUCAAAUAAGUGGCCGUUCAUUAAAAAAAUCAUCAUCAUUUAUGCAAAUUGUUACGAGUACAAGAGAUAGUGAAAAUCAAGCAGAAUUAUCAAUUAUAAAUAAAGAAGAAUUAUCAUUGAAAUUUAUGCAACGACAUCAACAAAGUUUUAUUGUACAAUAUAUUCAUAGUUUUAUAACGGAUAAAUAUGUUUAUUUACUAUCAGUACAACGACAAGAUAUUAAUAAUGAUCAAAUUGGUACAAAAUUGAUUCGAUUUUGUUUAAAUUCUAUGUCAAUUAUGCAUUCUUAUACAGAAUUGCCAAUUCAAUGUGGUCAAGAUUAUCCAUUACUAAAAUUUGCUCAAACAAUGAAAGCUGGUAAAUUAUUUUCAUCCAUAUUAAAUUCAAAUCAAGAUGAUAUUAUAAUUAUUGGUCAUUUUAAACGUGCAAUAAAUAUUGAUGAUUCGGCUAUGUGUGUAUUUCUUGUACGAGAUAUUGAUAAUUUUAUAUUGGAUAAUUAUCGAUCAUGUUAUGCUGAUGGAAGAUUGAAUAGAGGAUUGGGAUUUAUUAAACAAGAUGAAUUAUGCAGAAAAGAUGAAAUGUGGUCAUCAUCGCUUGAUAAUUUAUGUUCAAUAAGUGACCGAUUACCAUAUCCUGUUGGUGGUCGUACAGCAUUAAAUGGUCGUAUUUUAUGGGAAAAUUCAUCUCCUCUAUCUCAAAAUAUAACGGCUGUACAAUUAUUUCAUAUUCAUGACGGAAAUCAAACUUUAAUUGUACAAGGUUUAUCAAAUGGAACUAUUUUUGUGGGUACAUUGAAUGGGGUGUCAUCGAUCAGCUGGUUUUCCGUGCAGAAUUUAUCCUCAAGUCACAUUCACUCUGAAAUAGCAUUUGACGAACAAACGGCAACAUUUUUUAUUGUAUCAAAUACACAUAUCUAUCGUUUAUCAUUUGAAAAUUGUUCAAAAUCUCGUUCAUGUGACGAAUGUUUAUUAUCGGAAAAUCCAUUUUGUUCAUGGUGUCAACAAAGUGAACAAUGUACAUUACAACGCGAUUGUUCUGGUAUUAUUCGUGAUCGUCAUCAAUGUAUUCAAAUUCUCAAUAUACAACCAUCGAAUGCAUCUGUCGAUCAGAGUCAAUGGAUCAAUUUAACAAUGUCAAAAUUACCAUCAUUAGAACAUCUCGAAGUAUAUCAAUGUUUGUUCGAUUCACAACUAUCAACGAAUGCAAUUAAAUUAGAUCAUAAUAGAUUAUCGUGUCCAACACCUUAUGGAGAAAAAAAUUCGAACAUUAAAAUUCAAAAUGGGUACGAAUCAAUUCGUUUAUCGGUAAUAAAGUCACCAUCGAAUCAAACAAUUGCCACUGUAUCGAAUUUUCAAUUAUACAAUUGUUCCCAGUAUGACUCGUGUUUAAAAUGUCGUCAGAUUAGUAGUUGUCAAUGGUGUUUCUCAACUGAGCGUUGUUCAUCAAUAUGCCCAUCCGAUGAUACUAAAUCAUCGCCACAACAACAACAACAACACCAACAAUGUUCCUUUGCUUCAUCUUUACUUCAAUCUCCAAUUUUCAUAGAAUCAAACAAAAUCUACGACCUUCAAUUAAAAGUGUAUUCAUUACCAACUGGACUACCUUUAUGCCAUCUAAAUAACAUAACCACAACUUUAAGUAGACGUGUAAAUGAGACAUCAAUUAUUUGUCCAUUUGUAACAUUACCAGAAUUAACUUCAAAUGAACAAAUAUUUGAACUAAGUUUAUCAUUAAAUGUCUCGGAUGUCAAUCAUGAUCAACGAACUAUUGGAAUUGCAGUUCAACCACCAGUGCAACUUAUGCUUUACCGUUGUGAUCUUUACGAUACAUGUCAACAAUGUCAUCAACAACCAUCUUGUUCAUGGUGUCAAGGACAUUGCGCAAAAAGUAUAAUGUGUAAUAACAGACGAGAAAUAUGUACAUCAUUAUUCAUUGACGAUAUUCAACCAUUGCAAAUACCUGUUGGUGGAGGAUCGCUUAUAACAAUUACAUUGAAGUCAAAUCAACCAGAACAACAGCAAGUAUUUGUCACCGAGAUAACACUAGUAAAUAUACCAUGUCAAAUAGUGGGAACGGGACCACAACUAGUGAUUCAAUGUCGCAGUGGUUCGUCUAAUGAUUCUCGUCGUGGUUUAGUUGUGUUGCGACUAAAUUCGAACAUUACUCUUGUGUCAAAACAAUCGAUUGCCUAUUAUGAUCCUCAAAUUGUUGAUGUUAAACCGUCGUUGAGUUUUCAAUCAGGUGGUGUAUUGUUGCAUGUCUAUGGUAGUUAUUUGAAUAUUGGUUCCAGUCAAGAUUUAUAUAUCAACGGUGAUAAACUGUGUCCAAUACAAGAGAAAAAUGAACAUUUAUUAACAUGUCUAACACCUCAACUCAAACCAAAUCAAACAUAUUCAAUACAAAUUAAAUUUGAUAAUAGUACUACAACAAUUGUCAAAUACGAUGCAAUCAAAAUUACACCAGAUCCACAGAUCAUUGACAUUGAUCCAACUGUUAGUUUUACAAGUGGUGGUCGGCUUAUUACUGUUCGUGGUAUGUUUUUUUCGUCUGCUCAAUCGAUCAUUGUCGAAUUACGGAUACUAAAUUGGUCGGCAAAGUUGAAGAUUCCUUCGAGUGAUAUUAUCGUUGAUUCAAAUACUAAUAUUGAAUCAUUUCGUUUUCGCACACUCUCAUUACCAAUUUCGACCUUAGUUUUCAACAAUUCGAUUUCAAAUCAAUAUUGGUUUCAAUCAUCGUCGUAUGAAGUUGAUGUUAAUAUUUAUUUUGAUUCAACAGUUGUGUAUAGUCAUAUAAUUUCCUUUACUUAUUUACCUGAUGUUCAACUAAAUAUUUCAUCACAUCCACCUGUUUUACAGUAUACAGGUGAAGAAUUAAAAGUGCAAGUGGAAAAUUUAACUGAUGCUGCUUCUAUAGAUGAUAUUGAAGUUUUAAUUGCUUGUACAGAAUGUCAACUACACAAAUUUACAUCACAUGGUAUCACUUGUCAACCACCAUCGAAACUGCCUACAACAACAACAUUGGUUGUACAAACAAAACGAGAUGUUAAUAAUGAUCGAAAAACAUCAAAUUUGUUAAAUUCUACUAGUGAUUCUUGUUCGUACAAUGGUUCAACUCUUGCACCGAUUCAUCUUCGUAUAGGUUAUCGAGAACAUUUAAUUGGUUAUUUGUCAUAUGUUCCACGAUCGAAAACAUCUACAUUAGCGACAGUUUUAUCUUUAAUCGGUAUAUCUUGUCUUAUCACCAUUCUCCUUCUUAUCAUUGUCAUAUGCCUCUUUCUCAAACUGAGACAACGUCAACAUGGUCAAACUGAACAACAAAAAAAAUCUCAAUUAUGGUCAACAACUACGUCAGCUUCAACAACUGAAACCUCGACCGAUUUAACAACUGUACCCUACUAUCAGGUAUAUGAACAAAUUGGUAACGCUGAUACGAUUUCAAGAGGUGGUCAAGAUAAUUGGACUCGAACAAGCAGUAAUAAGACGCUGUUGUGUCAAUAUCAUCAACAAACGAUACCAACACCAACACCAUCACCCCCAUCGACAAUACCAUUUCUAACAACAAUAGUACUUGAUCAAGAUCAUUUAAAACAAAUAUUGAUACCAACAAAUAUAGAUAGAUAUGAAACUGUUGUGAAUUUACAUCAUCCAAAUCGUAUUGAAUCUUUGCGUAUAUUCUAUUCACUAUUAAAAUCGGAUACAUUUUCAUCGGCAUUCAUUUAUCAAGUCUUACUUAAUAAUUCUUUAUAUAUAGAUUUUAUUCAAUGUUAUUUAUAUGUUAUUCGUUAUGAUCAUCAUCCAUUAGAAUCCUUUUUCUUAAAAAAUACAUCAUUAUCAUCAUCGAUAAAUACCGAUAAUUGUAUUCGUCAUUUAUCAUUAACUUAUUUUUUUUCUACUCUCAUUCAUUCUACGUGUACCGAACUUCAUGACUAUUUUCACAUAUUUGAUGAUUUUAUUCGAAUAUUAAUUGAUUAUUUAGAUUCCUCACCCUGUGAUCAACUAUUAUCUCGUUCAAUGCGUUCAUUAUCUUACAAUACUUUACUUCCAAUUGAUAUUCAAUAUCGCUCAUUACAACUUCAAGUUGACUAUGAUGAUUUGGUUACAUCAAGAAUCAACGUGCCCGUAUUAGAUAUUGAUACAAUCGAUCAAUUACGAUUAAAAAUUGUACGGUAUAUAAACGCUUAUCAACUAGAAUCGAGAAUAAAGCCAAAUGAUAUUGAACUCUAUUUAAAUCAGACCAAUACAUGCACAACAUGCUCGUGCAAUCAAGAAUUACACGGAUCAUCAAAUUCUUAUCCAAUUCCUAUUUUACGAAAUCGUUUAAUUAAUUCAACAACAACAAAUUGUUCGAUUCGAGUAAAAAAACGUCCACUUCAUUACCAUCAUUGUUCAUUACAACAUAAACAACAAUCACAACAACAGAAUCCUUUUAGUGCUAGUUCAUUGUAUCAUUUAUGUCCAGAUUCACUUGUACAAGAUGUUUAUCGUUUAAAACCCGAUGAUAUUAAUGAACGAUUAUUACAAAAUAAAUUACGUUUACAACCGGUGAUUGAUCAUCUAUUUCAAAAAAUUUAUAAAGACUUUUUUCUACUUUCGAAUAAUAAUCAAAUUUAUACAAAAUGGAUGCAGUUUAUGCAUAGAAUAUUUUUAGUUAAAAACAACAAUAUGAAAUCAUGGAAUCAAGCACUAUUUAAAAGGUACAAAAAUUCUUAUUAAUUCAAUCUAUGGUUUAUCUCUGGAUAACGACACCAAUUGCAAUGAUAGUUAUUUUGUGUGAAAGUUUUUUCUUUAAAUCACUCUGUUCGUGAAAAAAGAUACAGUGUGGCUCUAAUGGGUGACCCAUAAAGAAUGUCUCUCUUAGUAUUUUGCUUAUAACUUGCUUUCGAUUUGUUUCCGAGACUCGAUGUUUUUUUUAAAAGAUGCGCUGCGAAAUUCUCUACAAAAUCAUAACUAAACUAUAAUUUCAGAGCUUUAAUCAAGAAAACUAAGCCAAUUAGAUGAAAGUCGAAAAAAAUGUAAACUUUCUAAACUCAAAAUUUUUUUCGACUUGAACUUUUUCUUCUGCUACUAUUUGCGCUUAAAAGUGUAGCAAAAGUGAGAACUCAGUUUAUGUUUGGUACUUUCAAAUGUGCUCCUUCUCGUAGUCUGUAAAAAGCUUUUUUAGAGCAGACGGUGUGCUCG